UUUAUUUGCUGUACAAGUACUUCCAUGGAGAAACCCUAAACCCAUUAGUCAACCCCCACUCCUCUUUGUCUCUUUACUUCAAGAUUAUGGCACCAACCCUCGUAAGUUUCUAUAGCUACGAGCUCAAAACUCAUCAGAAUCCCAUCUCUGAAUCUCCGUCACCUGUUCCAGACCACGCUUCUCCUUUACUCGCCAUUGCUGUGUUAACCAUCAUAAGCACAGCUUUCUUGCUAUUUGGCUACUACAUGGUCUUCGUCAACAAAUGCUGCUCAAACUGGCACCAGCUUAAUCUUCUAAGGUGGGUUUCUAUCUGGCGAGCUAGAAGAAAUGAGGAUUCAUUUAUCGCUCUCUCCCCGACGAUGUGGAAUAGAGGGCUUGAUGAAUCUGUCAUCCGUGAAAUCCCAACGUUUCAAUACAGAAGAGAAGGUGAAGGAAGAAGCGUCUAUGGCUGUGUGGUGUGUUUGAAUGAAUUCCAAGAACAAGAUAUGCUUCGAAUUCUUCCAAAUUGUAGCCACUCAUUUCACUUGGAUUGCAUUGAUAUUUGGCUUCAAAGCAACGCCAAUUGCCCACUGUGUAGAACAAGCAUUUCAGGCAAUAAUAAGUAUCCUAUUGAUCAGAUCAUUGCGCCAAGUUCUUCACCUCAGGGUUCACAGCCUUAUACUGAUAGCCUCAUGGGUGGUGAUGAAGAUUUUGUCGUGAUUGAAUUGGGUGGAGAAGAAGUUGAAGGAGCUCUUUUACCUCAAAGGCAACAAGAAAGACAUGUUUCAAGAGAAAUCCAGAUGCAACUUAGAGAUCAAUCUCCAUUAAAAAUGGAGCAGAAGCGUGGAAAGUUAAAAACAAGAAAGCGCCACCAUCUUUCGAUUAUGGGAGAUGAGUGUAUUGAUAUAAGAGAGAAAGACGAUCAGUUCUCCGUCGUCCAACCGAUCAGAAGAUCUUUCUCGUUGGAUUCAGCAGUUAAUCGACAGCUUUACGUAGAUGUUCAAACCACCAUUCAACAAAAUACACAUCAAGGAAGGAUUAUUAACAACGAAGAAAGUAGUAACAGAGUUCAAAGAUCAAUUUUUCCAUUUGGUCACAACUGGGUAUCAAGAAAAACAGUUCAUCCAAUAGAGUUCGAGCCAUGAAGCAGAGAUCAUGUAGUUUUUUAUAUUUUUGUUCAUCACUUUCCGUUUGAUCUUGGGUAAUUUUUCAGGCAAUUUUCAAUGAUGAUAUAGAAGUUACGAGGAAGGACCAGAGAUGAAAAUGUAAGCAUGCGUAUGAGAAUCAUUGCCUGACCACCAUGGUGGAUGACUUUCUUUUAAUUCUGUUUUUUUUUUCUUACUGUUUAUGAAUGAGAAUGAUUAGUUGUACA